GGUUUAUGUGCCGGAGGCAUCAUUUUGUUAACUACUCAAGGAAAGAGCUCUCGUCUCUUGGCAUUUGACGAACAGCUCUUCUUCAUUUAUCUUCUGCCACCCAUCAUAUUUAAUGCCGGUUUCCAGAUGAAAAAGAAGCAUUUUUUCAGGAAUUUUAUGGCCAUUAUAUUGUUUGGCGCCCUCGGCACAUUGAUAUCUUUCAGCGUCAUAUCGUUUGGCGCGAAGGAGUUAUUGGGAAAGCUUGAUAUUGGCUUUCUGGAACUACGAGAUUAUCUCGCGAUCGGAGCAAUUUUUUCAGCAACGGACUCCGUUUGCACCUUGCAGGUGCUUAAUCAGGACGAGACGCCUCUACUCUACAGUCUAGUCUUCGGGGAGGGAGUAGUAAAUGAUGCAACGGCCGUGGUCCUCUUUAAUGCGAUCCAAAAGUUGGACCUCUCUCACAUCAACUCACGGGUUGCCUUGUCGUUCGCUGGAAGUUUUCUUUACCUGUUUCUCGCGAGCACUUUCCUGGGAGUUUCGGUUGGAUUGCUAAGCGCGUACCUUAUAAAAAAGAUAUAUCUUGGCAGGCACUCAACUGAUCGUGAAGUUGCCCUCAUGAUUCUCAUGGCUUACCUUUCGUAUGUAAUGGCAGCAAUGUUUGACUUAAGCGGAAUUCUUACAGUAUUUUUCUGCGGGAUUGUCAUGUCACACUAUACCUGGCAUAAUGUGACGACCAAUUCUAAAGUGACUACAAGACAUGCUUUUGCGACACUGUCAUUUAUUGCAGAGAUUUUCAUUUUCCUUUAUGUUGGUAUGGAUGCUUUAGAUAUCGAGAAAUGGAGAUUCGUGAAAGACAGUCCCGGAAAAUCUGUUGGAGCAAGCGCUGCGCUGUUUAGCCUAGUCCUGGUUGGAAGGGCAUGCUUCGUGUUCCCGUUGUCAUUUUUAUCCAAUUGCUUGAAGCGAUCUGAGCACGACAAGUUUGGUCUUAGACAACAGAUUACGAUAUGGUGGGCUGGUUUAAUGCGCGGAUCCGUCUCCAUGGCAUUGGCUUAUAACCAGUUUACGAGGUUUGGCCACACGCAACUUCCAGGGAAUGCAGUUAUGAUCACCAGCACAAUUACAAUCGUCCUCUUCAGUACUGUGGUGUUUGGAUUGAUAACCAAGCCACUUGUAAGGUUCUUGUUACCUCCAUCGCAAAGUUUCAACAACAGCCUGAUCUCUUCCAAACAAUCGCUUGCACGCCAACUACUCAUCGACAGGCAAGAACCCGAAGGUGAGAUGGGAAAUGUUGAUUUCCGUCGACUAGACAGUUUGAGCAUGCUACUGAAGAAAACUUCCCUCACUAUCCAUAACUAUUGGAGGAUGUUUGACGAUGGUUUUAUGCGGCCUCUCUUCGGAGGAAGGGGAUUUGUACCCGGUGCACCAGAGUUAUCCAAAGGAGGGUGUGAUCAAUAUUGACAGUGUUAAGAGUAGAGUUUCUUGAGUUGCAAAUUUUAGUGUUUAAAUUCUUUAACAAUUCUCAAGGGGUGUCCUCUUGGCCAAUGUCGAAAUUAUUUUUUAUGCAUAAAUGCUAAACGAUGAAUCCCCCUGGCUUAUUGUGUGUUUACCAUUUAUACUUUGAAUCCCUUUCGUGAAAAUUCUGGCCCCGCCACCGACUGUCAUAUUGUACAUAAUCAUCCAUUGUACCUCAUUGGUUACU